AGAAAAGAUAGAGAAAUGGCAGGAGGAGGAGGAGGUGGUGGUGGUGGAGGAGGAGCUGCACCAAAACCAAAGCAAGAUGAGUUACUGCCGCAUCCAGUCAAGGAGCAGCUGCCUGGCGUUGCUUAUUGCAUGACUAGUCCUCCUCCUUGGCCUGAGGCUUUAUUACUGGGUUUUCAACAUUACUUGGUGAUGCUUGGGACUACUGUUCUCAUACCAACCUCUCUAGUUCCUCAGAUGGGAGGUGGAAAUGAAGAGAAAGCAAAGAUGAUUCAGACAUUGCUAUUUGUGGCGGGGGUGAACACAUUAUUCCAAACAUUGUUUGGUACCCGUCUUCCGGCAGUGAUCGGAGGUUCCUAUACCUAUAUGCCGACCACCAUUUCGAUCGUCUUGGCCGGCCGCUAUACUGACAUUGUAAAUCCUCAAGAGAAAUUCGAGAGGAUCAUGCACGGAAUCCAGGGCGCCCUUAUUGUUGCCUCCACCCUUCAGAUUGUACUCGGAUUUAGUGGCCUUUGGCGUAAUCUUGCAAGGUUCUUAAGUCCUCUAUCUGCGGUUCCCCUGGUCGCUCUCUCUGGCUUUGGGCUCUAUGAGUUUGGUUUUCCUGUGCUUGCCAAAUGCAUUGAGAUCGGGUUACCACAGAUCAUCCUUCUCUUAGUUUUUGCACAGUAUAUACCUCAUAUUACAAGCGGGGAGCAGCACAUGUUUGACCGCUUUGCUUUUAUAUUAUCUGUUGUGAUUGUCUGGCUAUAUGCUCACCUGCUGACUGUCGGCGGAGCAUAUAAGAACACUGGACCUAAAAUUCAAAUGAGCUGCAGGACCGAUCGUGCUGGGAUUAUAGGUGGUUCUCCUUGGAUAAGGGUUCCAUAUCCGUUUCAAUGGGGAGCUCCCACGUUCGAUGCCGGAGAAGCUUUUGCUAUGAUGGCAGCUUCAUUUGUUGCUUUAGUAGAGUCUACUGGUACCUACAUUGCUGUUGCAAGAUAUGCAAGUGCAACUCCGAUGCCCCCUUCCAUUCUCAGCCGUGGUAUCGGUUGGCAGGGUGUUGGCAUUCUCUUUUCGGGACUAUUCGGAACCGGGAAUGGAUCAUCCAUUUCAGUUGAGAAUGCCGGUUUGUUGGCACUAACUCGUGUUGGCAGUCGAAGAGUUGUCCAGAUAUCUGCAGGGUUCAUGAUCUUCUUCUCCAUCCUUGGAAAAUUCGGAGCAGUUUUUGCUUCGAUUCCAUCUCCGAUUUUUGCAGCUUUAUAUUGUCUUUUCUUCGCGUAUGUUGGUUCAGGGGGUCUCAACUUUCUUCAGUUCUGUAACUUAAACAGCUUCAAAACAAAGUUUAUAUUAGGUUUCUCUGUUUUCAUGGGAUUAUCAAUACCACAGUACUUCAACGAGUACACAGCAGCUAAUGGUUUCGGUCCAGUUCAUACUAGAGCUAGAUGGUUCAACGACAUGAUAAACGUGCCAUUCUCAUCCGAAGCAUUCGUUGCCGGUUUAUUGGCAAUGUUCCUCGAUUGCACGUUGCACGGGAAAGAAAAUGCGAUCAGGAAGGAUCGCGGCAUGCAUUUUUGGGACAAGUACAGAUCGUUUAAAUCAGAUGCAAGGAGUGAGGAGUUCUAUUCCCUGCCCUUCGAUCUCAACAAGUUCUGCCCAUCAGUGUGAUUGAUCUUCGGACAUAGUGAGCAUCACCUUAGAAACUAUGUUUCUCAACAACGACGACAUCGAUCUCGUCCAUUUUCACCAACUGUUAACUCCAUGAAAAAAAACAUGCUGCUGCAAAGUUCAAACAAAUAUAGUGUAUUUCCUUAGUUCAGCUCCUUUAGUGGUACUUUGAUGUUGUUUAGGACAUCUUAUAUAUGAUUAUAGAGUAUUUCGCGCGUCUCCGGUGCGUGUGU